AACAAUGCUUCUCUGUCGCUUCACCAUUAUUUUUCGUUGUUUAAAAUUUUCGCGGAUUUUUCUGUAAAAAAGUGGCGCAUUUUCAAAAAUUAUCAAUGACAAUUUUAUUUUCCGGGAAACAUCAUUCAUUAACCUUACCUGAGCUGAAAACUUUAGAAUGUGAUAUCCUAAAUCCCGACCGCUUUAUUAAUCUGGAGAUUAGUAACAAGAGGAGAACAAGCGUAAUUUCAUCUCGAGAUUAAGAAAUGAGUCUGCAUUAAUCCCGAAAUCCAACAUUCAAAAGUUCACAGCUCUGGUGUCAUUUAAGUUGUCACGAAAGAAAUCUGGCAUUAUCGGUUUAGCCGUUUGGACGGUUAUAGGAUAAAAGCAAAGUAUAUUUUAAAGAUUAUAGAUGUAUUCACAGUUAAUAUUUUAUUUAGGAACUUUAUUUUGUCCAGAAAACAAGGGUAGUUCUUUAUCAAUCUUACACCCCCCCCCCAUAUCUGUAAAAUAUUACUUUUUUUUGAUUUUUUUCGUUAAAUUAGAAAAAACAAAUGAAUUUUUGUUAAAAUGUAUGAAAAGCCCCUGUAAAUCUUGCCAGUUGUCAAAAUUAGGGUUUUCUCCAAAAUCUUUAAAAAUCACUAUUUGUUGAUUAUAAUUGUGUUUCCGGAAAAUGUACAAUUGUUGAAGUAUUAAUUUUUUUAAAAUUUAAAUGUUAGUUUAUGUAUUUAUAGAUUUGAUUGACUGAUAGAUUCAUCUAUAAUAAUAAUAUAUGUAUUUAUGUAACACUAUUGUGAGUCCUCAAUUAUGCAUUCUUACCUAACUCUUCAAUUUUGCAGGGGUGUUCAUUUCUUAGGUUCAUUGAUUUUCUACUAAAAUAUUUUUUUCCCCAAUUCAGCAAAUAAAUCCAUAAAAAAUAAAUUUGCAUUCCAUGCAAACAUAAAGAAUUUCUAGAGGGAAAAAUUGUUUUCUAAAAGGUGGCGGGGAGGGGCGGUAAGAAAAAUUAUUUGUUCAAGAAAACAGUAUACACCCCUGCGUUUAUCAUCACUAAUUAAUACAAUUGCGUCAGAUAAGUUUGUUCUUUUUUCCCCGAUCUAGAGGAAAACUAUCCUAAGGAUUUUCCGACCUAUAUAAUGCCAUAAAAUUUUAACAUAGGUUAGGUUAGGUUAAGCUGAGUAGGUGGAGUAGGAAGUUUGGUAGGACGUAUAGUUAUAAAGGGGAGACGAUUUGAAAGCGUGAAACGCGCAGGGAGAUAAAAAUACUGGAUGUUUUUUUAAAGCUAUUCGAUAAUUAGGUCGGUUUCCUCUAGGUCAGUUUCCAUAGCAUCAAGGGAUAUUUAGAAAGCUGAGUCGUCCAUUUGUUAGACUUUUCUAAAAACUGUUAUUAUAUUUUCAGAGAUUAUGAUUACACGAAUAUGUUUGGUCUCUAGGAACUGUUCUAUGCUCAAGAUUCACUUUUAAGAUGUUAAUUAAAUCAAAAGAACGAUAAUCCGGAGAAUUUUACUUCCUUAAAUCAUGGAGAAUAAAUACAAAUGUGGUCAGUGUGAAUACGCGGGAACGAGAUUAUCGCUUUUAAAGAGGCACACAGCAAGCAAGCACGAAGGAGUUCGAUAUACUUGCGAUAAAUGUGAAUACUUGACAGUAGAUUUAUCUAGUUUGAAACUACACAAAGCUAGUAAACAUGAAGGGGUGAAAUAUCCUUGUAAUGAAUGUGAUUAUUCUGCCACAAAACCAUCGCAUUUAAAGCAUCACAAACGAAGCAAGCACGAAGGAGUUCGAUAUACUUGUGAUCAAUGUGAAUACUUGACAGUAGAUUUAUCUAGUUUGAAACUACACAAGGCUAGUAAACAUGAAGGGGUGAGAUAUCCAUGUAAUGAAUGUGAUUAUUCUGCCACCAAACCAUCAUACUUAAAGCAUCACAAACGAAGUAAGCAUGAAGGCAUGAGGUAUCCCUGUGAUCAAUGUGAAUACGCUGCAACCGUUCCAUCACAUUUAAAAAUGCACAAAGCUAGUAAACAUGAAGGAGUAAGGUACCCAUGUAAUCAAUGUGACUAUGCUGCAACCAAACCAUCAUAUCUAAAAGCGCACAAACUCAAUCAACAUGAAAGUGAAAGGUAUCCAUGUAAUCAAUGUGAUUAUGCUGCACCUAAACCAGCACAAUUAAAACUGCACAAAUUAAGUAAUCACGAGAAAGAAAGAUAUCCAUGUGAUGAAUGUCAUUACUCAGCUACCAAACCAUCACAUUUAAAACAACACAAAGCCAGUCAACAUGAUGGGGCUAGGUACCCUUGUGAUGAAUGUGAAUAUGUAGCAAACAUUUUAUAUAAUUUAAAAGUACACAAAGCAAGCCAACAUGAUGGAGUCAGGUAUCCAUGUACUGAGUGUGACUUUACUGCAACUCAACGUUCUCAUCUGAAUGCACACAUGAGGAAGAAGCAUAGUGAUAUUCAGCAGAUAGCAGAUCCGGAACCUGUUCUUGUGAAUUAUGAAUCUGAACCUGUUCUUGUGAAAUGUGAACCUGAACUUAAUCUUGUGAAAUGUGAACCUGAAUCUGAACCUGUUCUUGUGAAAUGUGAACCUGAAUCUGAACCUGUUAUUGUGAAAAAUGAACCUGAAAGUGAAAAUGAAGAUAUGACAGUAGAAGAAGUUCUUAAAGAUCGUUUUGCUUGAUUUUGAUUCGGUUUCAUGAUUUUGUAAGUUUGGGGGGGGGAUGAAGAAAAAGCUUGAUUUUUUUUUAUUUUACGGGGUCCCUGGGAAGGGAUAUAUAGUAUUAUUAAAAUAAAGUUCAAUGAGGAUUAUGAACUUUUAUCAUCAUGAGGUUUUAAAUGAACUGAUGAAAUGAUCUUUUGAUCAAAUUUUUUUUUAAAUGAAGCCACUCACAUAAAACCAAAAUGGGUUUCAUGGUUUUUUUAAAACCCCAAUAUAAAGUGCUUUAAUAAAAAAUUGAGAUCUGAAAAUAACAUUAAAUACCGCGAAUU